AUUCUGCUUCUUACAGUGAGGGAAGAUGGAUUCCUUGCGAUUGUUCCUAUUGCUGAUCAUCACUAUAGGAGAUAGUCUAUCAGAUCCAGAGUUUUGGAGCCAGGAGCCACUGACACGUGCACUGCAAUUAACGUACUCGGAGUCAGUGAACGAGACCGUGGAUUUUGUGAAAUUUACUGCGGACAAUCUUUUUCCUGCGCUUCGGGGUAAAAGUUUAGGUACAGUAAAACUCAGUAUUCCAAGACUGGGCAGUAUGACGGUUAAUGAUAACCAAAAGUAUGAUUCAAGAUCUAACUGUGAGGGGUUCUUUACUUCGGUGUAUGGAAAGGAAACUGAAUUAGACAUGACAGACAGUGAAAUUUCUAAACUGUUUGUGGAUAGAAUUCAAGCAGGACUAACUAUCUGUACGUAUGUGGUCAAGUCUAACAACACGGCCGUUUCGCUGGCAUAUGGACUCCCAACUUUGGUCAUCUAUUUAACUGACCCCACAUGGUCGACAUCACCCUGCCAAAACAACACCGAGCCUGUUUGUGACGGCUUCAAUAGCUCUGCAGUAAUUAUGAUGUCAUCAACAAUACUUGGAAGUGGUAAAUGCUGUAGAAUGGAUCUGAACAUCACAAAUGGUACAGGGAUCGUCCGGGCUUUUAUAAAAACCAACGGAACUGACACGUUGCGUCAACUAGCAUUCAGAGAAUCUAAUACUGGAAGUGAAAGCACAAAGAAAUUUUCUUUCAUUGGAAGACAGAGGUACAAUUUUCAGAUCAUUGUUGUCUAUGAUGCCGAUAUUUCGACUAGUUUAAAGAUAGUUUGGAAGAAUUGCAUGGCCAUUGAGAGAGUGAUUCAUACAACCCUUCCCCUCUGGAGUUACAAUACAUCGGACUUGACAAUAUAUGACGAAUUCUGUGACUGUAAUAACACCUUAAUACAGGUGUUCAGUUGUCAGGGUCCCCAGAAAGGUUUAGUAUUAAGAAAUGCUGAUCAGUUGACGACAAUAACAUCCAAUGUAAUGACCAGCUUCAAUCCCCAAUGUCACCUUUCCAUGGUGAUAACCACAACCUUUAAAACAUACAUAGGGGUAGCCAUCUUGUCCUUCAACCGGACUCGCUUUCCUGUUUUCCGACAGAACCGAGAUGGAGAUCUUUAUACGCACUAUCGCCGGGAAUACAAGAUUCCAAUCGGCCAUAUUGAAGAAGAGUUUCGUGUACAAAUCGACCUCCAGAGGCUGCAAUUAAAUUCUCUACUUGGUCUGGAAUCUGCAAAGCUGAUUAAUUGUACGGAAACAUCAUCUUCAGAUGAAGUAAACUGCUCUUCAACCGAGUACAAGUGUAAAACUGGUGUUUGUAUCGAGAAAUGGAAAAGAUGUAACCUUGCAAAAGAUUGUUACCAUGGGGACGACGAGAUGGAUUGUGGGGAGAAAGUUGGACUGUGGAAAUGUGAUUUUGACGUAGCUUCCAAUAAGACGUGCGGUUUUUUGCAGUACGAGAAAAAUCAGUGUGGAGAAUUUAGAAUAACACGGGGAAGCUUGUUUGGUAACCCGGGACCAGAACAUACUAACAUGUAUGAUAAAGGAGAUAUGCUUUACUUCGAAAGGAAAUUUUGUCGUAACUCGUUUUCUGCAGAAAUCAAAACAAAGAAAUUCAACUAUGCUUUGUCAAACCUGCAAGGAGAUAAAUCGAAAUGUACUAUCACGGUAGCUAGUAAAGGGGAAAACUCGUGUUGGUGGAAUUUAUACCUAUGUCAGGAGUCCUGCUUAAAACGGUUAUUUCGAGGCAACACAACAAAAGAAUGGCGAACAGAUGUUGUAUCACUUCCUGUACAAACGGGAAGUUACUUUGUAAAGAUCAAGGCAAAAGAGAUGUGCGAUUGGAUGGCUAUAGAUGAUCUGUUCUUUUCACCAAGUUGCUUUGCCCCAGAGAACAGAGCUACGGAUAUGACCUGGUGGAUUUCGAUUAUCGUUCCUGUUGUGUGUUUGAUUGUGUUACUAGAAAUUGCAGUGGUCUCUUGGGCAGUAUGCCAAAGGACUCUCUCUUCGAACAGAAUCUAUGACAGGUUUUUAGGAAUUUGUAUUCGAAAGAAACACCCAGAAGUAAAGGAUUUCGUGCGUGAAAGCUGUGUUUCCCCUAGUUCUAUCGCCAGGUUCAACGAAUUGUUGACGGAGAGCAACCCAAACUAUGCUUUGUUGUCGGAGCGGGCACUGAAAGACUGUGUUCGGAACAUUCCUUUUAUGAAAGUUUGUCUCGAUUCAUUACUUGGAGAGGGGUCAUUUGGCCAAGUAUACAAAGGCAAACUAUUAAAGUAUGGUGACUUUAAAGAUGAUAUACCAGUAGCAAUUAAGAAACUACCUGCAGGGUCUAUGAACGAGAACGUUUCAGAUUUCUUAUUUGAAGCUCUGACAUUAAGUAAGUUCGAUCAUAUUAACAUUGUUGGGUGCCUUGGUAUCACCUCUGACCCUAAAGGUGAAUUAUUGCUAAUACUGGAACUCAUGGAAGGUGGGGAUUUACGAAAGUAUCUCAGAGAUCACAGGAAAAACGAGGAUUUAAGUGUUCAAGAGCUUUUGAAGAUUUCAUUAGACAUCGCACAUGGCUGUCAAUACUUAGAAGAAAACAAAUUUAUACAUAGGGAUAUUGCUGCAAGAAAUUGUCUUCUUUCAUCACUUGAUGCCAAUAAGAUCGCGAAGAUUGGGGAUUUUGGCUUUGCAAAGGAUAUAUACGGCACUGAUUAUUACAAGAAAUGUGAGAUGACCAUGGUACCUGUUCGGUGGAUGCCAGAAGAAUCCUUUAAAAAUGGGAAAUUCUCUUCCAGAUCUGAUGUUUGGGCAUACGGAGUGUUAUUAUGGGAGAUAUUUGCAUUCGGACAACUGCCCUAUGAAGACCUUACAAAUUGUGAAGUGAUGGCAAAAGUUAUGAACGGACAUAGAAUGGGCCAACCAAGGCACUGUCCAAUUCAAGUGUAUAACGUCAUGGGGGAAUGUUGGAAGACUGAGCCAGAUAAACGGCCUGGUUUUAAGACAGUAGUGACACUGCUGACAUCGAUAUACACACAUACAUUUUCUCAGAUCGUACAGCCAAAUUCUAAUGGCAUAUUCUCUAUGAACAUGAAUGGCGGGAAGCACCGUUUGAACACUUACUCGUUACCGGAGGAAACAGAAACCGUGAUGCCUCUUUUAGAAGGAGACUGCAACACAGCAACCACAGAUGACAAUGUAUUUGAGGCCAACUCAUCCGUGUGAUCUAAUAUUAAUUUUAUUUAUUAUUUCUUAAUUGUAUCUAGAAAAUAAAAUUUCCAUAGGAACAAUAGAUAGAGAGUUUAUGCAGAAUUAUUUUUGUCAGACACUGUAAUUUUUGAAAAAAAAUAUUUAAGAAUUUUAUUUCAAGUACAGCUCAUGUAGGACAGCAGUCAAUUUUUAACAUAUUUUGAAAAGGAACUAAAAGAUGUUUUAACUGCCGGACACCAUUUGUAAAAUAUUUUCAAACAAGAGAUGUUUGCAAAAAAAACUUUCCCCAAAUAACUUGAAUUUUUCUUGGUCCAAUGGGCAUUACUCAGUCAAAAAAGCUCAUAAAAGAACUUGACCUAGAUAUUCUUAUGAAAUAUCUGGAUACCACAUUUCAUUUUAGUAUGUGCAACCACUUUUAGGAAAAUGAACGGAAACUUCGUGGACAGACCCACCGACAUACAAAUCGCAGCAAAGCAAUAUGCCCUCAUCUCUUCGAAGGGGGCAUAAAAAAGUUUCCUAGGAAAAAUGAAAUGAAUACACAUUUUAAAAAAAAAUCUCACACGAGAACAAGCAAUACACUGUUUUGUCACCUUCGUCCGUAGAUCUAGAUAACUUCAAUAUUGUUUCAAUUGGCAUUUCUGUAAAAAAAAAAAAAGAAUUUUAAAAAUUUAAGUAAAGUUUAUACUAAUAUAAAAGUAAUUAUCUUUGAAAAAACUAAUGAGCUCAUGCUGAGUUAUAAUGUGUAGUAUCAGAUUAUUCUUUAAUUUCCUCUAGUACUAGUGAAUGUGAUCAUGAGUUAUUAGAAGUACAUCAGAAUCUAAAAACUAUGUCGAUGCAGAUCAUAUGAGGUUCAUGCCAUAUUGUGUUCGUAUUUUUCUGUGUUGUAUUUAUCUCCAUUGAGAUGAUAUUUGACCACAUUCUGUACUAUUUUGUAUUGUGAUACUUAAAUAUGUUUAACAACAACGAGAUGGUGGAAGUCUGAAACAAAUUAUUUAAUUUAAUCUUGAUAUCGAUAUUGUUCAAUGAGUUUGAUAUAAAAUCGUCUGUAUAAAGUAGACUUUUAUGUGGUUUUCUAAAAGUAAUUAA